AUGCCACACAUAGUCGCGUGCAUGAUUGUGCUUGCAACGAUGGUGCGCAAGCCUUUCAGAGUCUGUGUCCUGGUUGUGCCUGUGCUAGUGUUUCUGUCCCUGUGCGCCUUUGCUGUCCUCGAAUCUCGAUGGGAUGCAGAGGCUGAAGGGUACGAUCUCAGCCAGCCCUCCUUGCGGGAAGCACUGGAGGAUUACAUCUCCACAGGGAAAGGAGACCUGCAUGAAAUCUUGGAAGGCAAGAAGUACCCACCAGUCUUCGGUAAGACGGAGCUCCAGCGGUACCUCCGCACCUGGUUGGGCAAAAGCGUUUUCCAUGAUACCGACCAGGACGCUGACUACCUCCCGGAGGCCUACAACAAGGGCGACGACUGGUUCGAGGCGACCCUUGCAGGACCCAUGGUCUACACCGGGGCGAUCUACGCAGGUGCGAGGGUUUGGGUUUAUAGGGUUUAG